AGAAGUGGCUCCGGUGUGACCGUUAGCUUCACGUGGCGGUCAUCUCCUCCGUGGCAUCCCUGUUUCUCUCAAGUCCUCAAAAGCACGACUUCCACUGUCGGCAGAAACAGAGGAUGUCGAGGGCUGAUUCAUGUUAACGGCACAUGUUAAUAUGAGGAUAAAGAGAUAAAAAAAACGACCUGUUUAAGUCCCAGUUAAGUUGAAUGAAAGUGGAGUGACGAUGUUUGCUGUUGACUGAAGUCCACUCCAAGAGACAAAAUGAAGAGGAGGCUGCUUCGUGGUUUCCUGUCAGAAGUUUCCAUCCGGAUGGCGCUGUUGGUUGUGUUCCUUGUGACGGAGCAGCUUCCUCCUUUCUACCGUGAGAUCCAGCCAGAGGAGAUGUGGUUGUAUAAGUUCCAUCGUGUGAAUAGAGACCAUGUACCCACCUCUCUUAUGUUUAGUGUGGCGGUUUUCACCCCACUGAUUGUAAUCCUGGUUUUCACCUUCCUGAAGAAGUCAGAGCGAGGAGAUCUGAACGAGGCCUCGCUGGCUGUGACUUUGACUCUGGUGCUGAACGGAGUUUUCACCAAUGUCAUCAAACUUGUUGUUGGCAGGCCACGGCCAGACUUCUUCUAUCGCUGUUUCCCAGACGGUCAGAUGAACCUGGAGUUGCGCUGCAGCGGUGACCCAGAUGUCGUCAUGGAGGGCAGGAAGAGCUUUCCCAGCGGACACUCUUCCUUUGCCUUUGCAGGUUUAGGUUUCACAGCGCUGUACGUCGCAGGAAAGCUGCGCUGCUUCAACGCAGCGGGCCAAGGCAGAGCAUGGCGGCUGUGUGCCUUCCUCUUCCCUUUACUUGUCGCGACAGUGAUUGCCCUCUCCAGAACCUGCGACUACAAACACCACUGGCAAGAUGUAUUAGUGGGUUCUCUGCUGGGUCUUGCCUUCGCCUGGCUGUGUUACAGACAGCACUACCCUCCACUUCAGGACCCUGACUGCCACAGACCUCUGCGUCACCGAGAGACUGUUUCCUCCGCACAGGAGCGCAAACUGGCCAACUCCAACUACAUCCUGCCCCUGUAGAACAGCUGUAACUGGUGUCAUUUAUACUGGGUUACAUGGUAAUCCUUCUAAUUCUGGUUUUCACGUGCUUGGGGCUCGGCAGCCUAACAGUGUUUAUUGUCAACUGUAUUGUGGGAAUUUUCUUUUUGUGUAGUGAAACAUGAUACAUGGUUUAUUUUCUAAACUAAAAUGACAAAUGACACGUUUCUUCUGAAUAGUUUCUGAUACACUUGAGAUUUGCUGUAAAUAACAACUCCAGUUUAACUGUCCAACAUGGUGGACAUUAACUACAUAAAGAAGUGAGGGUUUCCAAACCAUUACAUUUAUUAUUAUUAUCCAUCCAUAUGGCCCAGCCUUACACACCCUGUGUAUUGUGCCUAUAGAUCACAUGACUUUAAAUACUCACAACAGCUGAGCCGGUCAACUACACAAGCACUGCACUGAUCCGUUGCCCAUCAAGCUCAGCUGCUGUGAAACAGUUUCUCACGUAGGGUCACUAUUUUGUGAUUGUUUUGUAAACUUGCUACUUUUUCAAUAAGCAGGGUUGAGACGUGAGGAAAAAUCUACAGUAUUUGAUGUUUGUGCGUGGAUGUUCAUUCCUGACCUUUGAGAAACAAUAUACGGUGAAGAGAUUCGGAGCUCAACUUGGUGCCAAAACAAUUAGGCGAUUAAUCAAUUAGUCAAUGGACAGAAAAUUUAUUUACAACAAUUCUAAUAAUUGAUUAAUCCUUUGUCAUUUAUUAAAUUAUGGAAGAUUUGCUAAUUCUUUUUUUUUUUUCAUUGUAAAUUGAAUAUAUAAGUGUUGGACCGUUGGUAAGACGAAAUAAGCUAUUUGUAGUUGUCACCUCAACCUCUGAAAAAGUAUGAUUUUUCAUAAUUUUCUGACAUGUAUCAUGCUAAAUCAUGAAUCAAUUAUUAUGAAAAAUAAUUAAGUUUCAGUUUUCAUUAGUUUCAGCCCGAGCUAAAAAAAAAAAAAAAGUCCACUUUUUAAUGAUUGAGAGCUUUCAACUGCAUCUCAAAGUCGUCUUCAGCGAAUGGAGUGGGUUCAGGUGUGAUCACAAGACCUAUAUGUGAAACAGCAAGAGACUGAAUAAAUCAUCAAUACACAGACAUCAGCUGUUUGUGAACACCAGACCAAACCUGUCACAGCUUCGACUAUGACACGGUCAAAGUUCAAGGACGACAUCCUUGAACUAAUUCAGGAGUUACAAUCUCUCCACCGCACACGACCACUUAUUAUCAUGUGCCUGAAUGUUUAAAUUGAGGUUAUGUGAUGCCACUUCGGCCAGCUCCACUCAUUAAAGAAGACUGAGAUAUGGUUGAAAGUUUCAAAUAAUUAGCAAGUGGACCUUUGAGAUUAGAUUAACUGCACCAUAUAGUACAAAGCAAAGCAAAGGAAAACUGGUGAAGUAAGAGGUGUUUAUGUGGGCUGUUUAUAUCUAAAAGUACUGUAGGAGUGGGCGAUAUGGAUAAAAUCCUCCAUCGCAGUAUAUGUAUUUUUAUAUCAUGGUAUCAAUCAAUCUGUAUCCUAUCAUAAAUAAUUGAUCAUCUGGAAAAUUAAUCGAGAAACUGUUUAUGGAUAAAAUAAUCACACAGGGCACACCUGUGUUCGUACAACCAGACAUUAUAAAGAAUAAGAUUAUUACGUUCUAUAUUUUUCUUAUCGUCAACAAAUUGCAUGAAAAGGCCAAAACCAACAAUGUGUUCCAUCACCAGUACUUUCCGACUUCCCCGUCUGUAGCACUUAGUCCCAAGCCCGUUCAUUCCUAGUGAAGACACAAAACUUUAGCAAUCAGUUACAAAUAUACUCUUCAUUGUACUUUUCAUUAAAAGGCUCAGUAAUUUCCUAAAGCAGCUGGGCACGGCAACCGUUACUCAAUCAGGAGUAAAUAGUCCAUUUGUUGGGGACUAUUUUCAUUGGCGGAUUAAUACGCAUUUAGUGCCCAAGUUGUUUUGGGACAACAAUGGAGGUCUAUGGCACAGAGGAAUAAGAUAUGUACAGACAACACUUGUUAGUAGGAUCAAUUCAUUGUUGGUUUAUGUCUUUUCAUGGGAUUUGUUGACAAUAACAAGAAAUCAAAGCUAAAGAAAAGUACAGAAUAUUACCAGACUUAUCCUUGAAAGGGAGAGCUACCACAAUAUUUACUGUAUGGGAAAAUCUCGGACAUUUGACACAUUUAUCUCAUCUCACGGUACAUAUCAACAUAUGGCCCACCCCUAUCUGAAAGCACCUCUUUUGUUGCCUUUAUGUGUAAAGCCGGUUAAUGAAAACCACUUGGUCAGCAUCAUAUCUUUGAUCUCCACAGUUCUGCUCUACUGCAUCGGUCUCGAAUCUCUGUCUUCCUACGUUAUAUUUUGAAUGUUUCCAUUCACACAUUGUUAAAUUAAUAUCUGGAAAGGGGUUCGUAUGCCCAAUCCUCAGUGUAACGCCCUGAUGUAGCUGAUGUACUUUCUUUGUGACAAACACAAACGAUAGCCACAUCUCCGCUCUUCACUGCACAGUACGUCUGCUAAUAUCGCCACAAGUUAAUAUGACUGUAAAAGAACUAUGAGAUAAAUGUUUUCCUAUGUCAGUGGUCUCAGGCUUACUGUAGGUCUGGUUUUUGUUACUGCACACUCCUCUGGCUCCUCUGUCAACCCGUCUAAAGUGUGAAUGUUCACCAGAGGUGGAGAGACGUGGUGUACAGGGGUUGGUUGUUGGAGUGACAGUGAAACCAGAUCUUUCUGAUGAACCUGACUGAGGUCAAACUGUAACCUCUCCAGGUGAUGGUGCUAGCCUCCCAGUGCUCCUGCUGGUCAGGUUUUCUAUCCUGUUAAUAGUUUUAUUGGCACGUAAAGUUUGGUGGGUUGUCUGUUUUUUAUGGUAGUUUUCAUAAACUUUCAUUUAAGACUAUAAACGCUACAGUCUGUGGUUCAGUUAGGAUUUUAUGUUUACUUUUUUGUGGUCUUUCAGUUUUAAUUUCUUUGUGUGUUAUCUUUUCGUUACGUUGUUUUUUAAUUGGAGAGAACAUGUCAAAUUGUACGCAGAUGUGACUGUUUUUGCAGGUUGAAACAUCUUGAACCUCCUCAUGUUUCUGUUUGCGUGUGAAACCAGCCAAAGUUUUGCAGGGUCAAAAGCAGUUUUGCUCGUCGCUGUGAAUCAGGCUUAACGCAGCUGGUUCACAGUGGUUUCAGACCAAACUUGGCAGAAAAAACAGAUGAAUUUGUGCCUUUGUUUACUACAUUACUUUACUAUUAGUUAAUGAAUGAAGUAUAUACUGCAUGUUACAGUGUAUGCUCUCUGUCAUGUUGUGGACACAACUUUGUUCUCAAUCGUUAAGUUUGUUAUUGUUUUGUAGUGUUUAUAGAGCUCAGCUGGGAAAAUACUACAUGAUGUUUAAAUGUGGCAUGCUGCCUUUCUUUACCUCAGAAGAAAAAAAGUACUUUCCAUAAAUUUAAUUGUUGAUGGAGUCAAAUGUGAAGAUUUCUGUGUGGAGACAUGUAAAAAUUUACAACUGAGACAGUAAACAAGAGGUGGAAAAACUUCUCUUUUUACAAAACUUUGAGAUGAAUUUACUCAAUCUUACAGGUAUUUAUGAGAUGAUGUAGAGGUUUAAGUGUAUUUAAUUUUCGGGCAUGUAGGAGUUGAAUUUUUGAAUAUUUGUUUGUUUACCUUUAAAUGUGAUAGAUAUUUCAUGAAAAUAGGAAUCCUAUUUGUUAGCACAUGGGUUUGUGCAGGAUCUUUCAGACAAAAAAAGUUAAUUAGACUCUGCUGCAUUUUGAUAAAAUCCUGCAUGUUUCACAGCUAAAGAGCAACAUAUUUUCUUCAUUACUUCCUUCCAAAUCCUCACAUUUCCAUCCAUUUCUAUAAAUUUAUGGGAUUUUUCAGUACAUGUGUACUGCAUCAGGUUGUUGAUCAUGUCUGGUCUCCUUCAGAUCUACUGUCAUGAUGAAGGAUUAUACUAAAACUUGCCUGUUUGCUUUAUUUAUGUCAUGCUCAUCAUAAUUUGCCUUGGCUUGUAAGACCAUAUAGCAGCCGCUCAUGCUGAUACAGUAUUCUGAUUGUACAUGUUGUGAUGCUUUUAAUUAAUCUUUUGGUGACACUAAAAGAUGUUUCUAAAUAAUCUUGCAAUACACACUGUCUUCUGCUUA